AUGUCCAACAGCCCCGACCUGUACGAGACGCUGGAGGUGCGGUACCCGCCCGCCCGGGACCGCGGGGACCCCCAGCUGUCGCCGGCGCUGUCGCCGCGAUGUCGCGCGUGUCGCCGGGCGCUGGGCACGGCCGCGCUGCUGCUGCUGGCGGCGGGGCUGGCGGCGCUGGGCACCCUCUACGUGCAGAGCCGGGGGGAGCUGCGGGCGGCGCGGGCGGAGCUGGCGGCGGUCACCGACCCCCUGGGACCCGACCCCGACGGUGACACCCCUUCAGCGGCACAGCGGCGGCAGGACCGGCUCGGGCGGUGGCUGCAGGCGCUGGCGCUGGGCUGGCGCUACCACCGGGGCAAGAUUUACCUGUUCUCGGUGCAGCGGCAGCCCUGGGCCGCGGCCGAGGCCGCUUGCGCGGUGACACACGCGCACCUGGCCUCUGUCACCAGCGCCGAGGAGCAGGCGUACCUGGCACGGGAGGCCCGGGGUGGCACCUACUGGAUCGGGCUGACGGCCACGGGCACAGGGGGCUCCUGGCGCUGGUCAGAUGGGACCCCCUAUGUCCCCGAGCACAGUUUCUGGGCUCCAGGGCAGCCGGACAGCACCGACCACGGCCAGUGGGGCGGCGAGAGCUGCGUGCAGAUCCACCCGGUGGGCGCGGGGCUCUGGAACGACCACAACUGCAACUUCAGCUUCCCCUGGGUGUGCCAGAGGGACCUCAGCGUCCCCUGA